GAUUUCUUAGGUAAAUCGGAUCCAUUUUUGGAGUUUUAUAAGCAGAGUGAUGUUGGAACGUGGCAGCUGGUAUACAGAUCAGAGGUGAUUAAGAACAACUUAAAUCCGUGCUGGAGGAAGUUCAGUGUUCCCUUACAUACAUUCUGUGGCGGAGAUUUUAAUAAACCAAUCAAGGUACAGUGUGCAGAUCAUGACAGCGAUGGCUCCCAUGACUUGAUCGGCACUUUUGAAACUAGCCUGACUCAGAUGCAGAAAGCGAGUGAUGGCUCUCCGGUGGAAUUUGAAUGCAUUCAUCCUGAGAAAAAACAAAAGAAAAAGAGCUACAAAAACUCUGGCAUUAUUAGGAUAAAAUCAUGCAAGAUUGAGACAGAAUAUUCAUUUCUGGACUAUGUCAUGGGAGGCUGCCAGAUUAACUUCACAGUGGGUGUAGACUUCACUGGCUCCAAUGGAGAUCCCAAGUCACCAGAUUCUCUUCACUACGUCAGCCCAGAUGGGAUAAAUGAGUACCUGAUUGCCAUCUGGAGUGUGGGAAGUGUAGUCCAGGAUUAUGACACGGACAAGCUGUUUUCUGCAUUUGGGUUUGGAGCCCAGGUUCCUCCUAGCUGGCAGGUAUCCCAUGAAUUUGCUUUGAACUUCAACCCCAGCAACCCUUAUUGUCAAGGGAUCUAAGGAAUAGUGGAUGCCUACCGCCAAAUCCUUCCUCAGAUCCGACUCUACGGGCC